GAUGAUGUUUUUGUUCAUAGCCUUGAUUGGUGUAGACUUGGUGACACCCCUCCUUUCCUCGGAUAUCGUAAAUCUGGUUGAGAUCAAGACUCCCUCUGGCUGGGUGAGGGGAUACGAGGAGAUAUAUGAUGAUGGAGAAACAUACAGAUUUAUAAAAAUUCCCUACGCUCAGCCACCGAUAGGAGAUCUACGUUUCCAGAAAACAAAGCCAAUUGGAGAAUGGGAAGGAGUCAGAGGAAUAAGGGGUACCAAUGCCCCUCAAUGUCCUCAAAUGACCUUUCCAAGUCCGGGAUUUGAUACAUUGGAAACCGACGAGGAUUGUUUAUAUCUGAAUAUUUACGUACCAGGGAAAAUUUCAAGAGACAGGAAACUAUCUGUGAUGGUUUGGAUACAUGGCGGUGGGUUUAUUGCUGGUGGGGCAAGUCAGUUUAAACCUCAAAAAUUAGUGUUAGGUGGUGAUGUGAUUGUUGCAACAAUUAAUUACAGAUUGGGCCUUUUCGGAUUCCUGACUUUGCAUGAUGCUUUGGCGCCCGGAAACUACGGACUUUGGGAUCAAAUCGAGGCUUUACGGUGGAUUCAAAAUAAUAUUGCAGCGUUUGGAGGAAAUCCUAAAUCCGUUACGAUAUUUGGAAGUUCUUCAGGAGGUAUGAGUGUGAGUCUUCACACCCUAAUCCCAUCGAAUGAAGGAAUGUUUCAAAGGGUUAUUUCCCAAAGUGGAGUGGUUAACUACUUUACUAUUGCAAGGAGACAAGAGGAGAAACAAACCAAUGAAUUAUUAUUUUUAAAAACAGGAUGUCUUGGUAAAGAGAGUAUUAAAGAGACACUUAAAUGUCUGAGAAACAUACCUGUAAACGAUUUAAUUGAAGCCAUCUCCAUGUUUGAGUUUGCAAAACCUCUGAAUGUCAGCUUUGAAGUAGGAAGCAUGAUCCCAACGAUUGAUGGCGAAUUAAUUAAAGAAAAUCUAUUCUAUCCUAAGUCUUGGGACAAUGAUGUUUACCAUUUCUUCCGUAGUAUCGAUUUCAUGUCGGGGACACAAGAUGGAGAAGGAAAUUUGGCGUUUUUAUUUUUGACCCCCGACAUCCAAGAAAAGUUUGAAUUCGGUGCGUCAGACUUCGUGCCUAAAAGCGUCUUAUGUGAAACAUUUGCUGCAGUGUAUGUUGACAAAGUCGCUGGUAACUCACCAAAAAUCACUCACGAAAUCUGUGAUUUCUACACUUCUGACAAAGAACGCGAUGAACAAAGUAACAAAGUUCUUGAAUUCUUUGGUGACUCGUGGUUCAUCGGGCCUAGCAACAACAUGUUGUCCAUUCAUGCAACGAACAAUGAUAGAGCUAAAACAUUUCAAUACUUACUCACUAAACCAGGCCCAAUCCAGUGUUUACCGAUGGAUCCGCCAAGCUGGAUUAAGGGUGCUGGGCAUGAGGAGGAAUUGCAUCUAUUGUUUAUGACUAAUACCGAUCACGUGCAGACCGAAAAGAUGAGUAAUCGUGAUGGGGACGAGAUUGACCAACUUUCUAAAACUGUAAUUAAGUAUUGGACUAAUUUUGCGAAAUAUGGAAAUCCAAAUUCCGACAGUGUUCCACAUUGGCCAUCCUAUGAAAGCACUGCAAAAAGAUACGUUAUCCUUGAUACGCCUAUAAAACGGGGAGAAAAUUUGAAACCUGGCGCCACAGAAAUUGUAACCAAAGCUCUUAACAAAGGCCGACCCAAAGGAAAUCAUGAUGAAUUAUAGUUAGUUAGACCAUGUUGAUGAUUGAUUAGUUGUAUUAUAGUUCUUAUUAGAGCAAUUCAGCUAAUUUUGUUCUUUUGUAAACCCAAAAGAAAUGGCCUAUUUUCAUUGGUAUCAAUUCUAGCAUUUCACAAGGAAAUAAUUGGUUCAGGGAUGCAACAAUAACGUCAGGAGUACAGUCCAUGAAUGGUUGUCAUUGGUCGACUGGUAUACUUAUCAUGUUUGAUAUUUUUUCGUCUGGAGAUGCCGUUGACUAAUCAUGACACAGUAUGGGUCCUAGCAUUAUGGAUGUUAUAAAUUCACGUUUCCCUAGCUAUGCUCUGUAGCAUAUGUAUAAAUCGUCUUCAUAAUUUAGUAAAAAUGUCCUCGAAAAGGCAAGAAUGCAUAUCGACCACCACUGAACCCACCGGGAUGUAUCUCCGCCAUCGAUGAAUCCACCAGGAUGACCACUUUUUUGUCUGUUUACUGUGUAUGUAUUAGUUUGACGGACUUUAGACGUUCGUUUUCUGUAUUCAUCUCUGUAUCCUCGCGUCCUAACACAUUCCAAGUGUAUGAUAUUUGAUUGUUUUAUUUAGAAAACCAUCCCUUAUCAACACUUUUCGCUUUUAAUCUUCAAUAUUUGUUUCAGUUAUUUAUUGACCUGUUUGUAAUUUUAUCAUGUAAAAUGACUGACCGCUACAUCCUUCUUUACGAUGUAUCAUUGCUACGAAUGAAUAUACUGGAUCACGGAACACCUUCCAAAUAUCAGAUAUCCGGGAAAACAUAACAUAAUUCAAUAUGAUGUUUUGAAAGACAUAUGGAAAUUUUAGUAAAGUUGGGUUUUUUUUAUUAUAAACUUACUCCUUGGAUAUCAAUUUAAAAUCACAGAUAGGUAUAUUGUCUCAACACUUGAGAGUAAACUCAACAUCAAUUCCAACAUCAUCAAAUUUGGGAAAGCUUUAAGGGUGUAAACAACAAACAAAACACAUCUAACUGUAUGCAAGGUAGAUAACGAUAUCUAAGAACAGAACACUUUUUCACCAAAGUCUAGCAAAUUAUUAGAUAGUCGUACGAAUGAAGUAUCGUGCAUGUACUACAGCCGAGGCAUGGCACACUGUAUAGUAUCCUAGUGGGAGUCUAAUACUAUAAAUAUGUCAGCAUUGCAUUAUGUCCGAUCUGUCAACAAAAUGUUGAAUCCCAUCCUAUAGAAAGUUUAACAAUAUCACUUCGUCAAUGGUGUAUUAUGUCCUAAGCAAGGGGGAUCAAACACUAUCACUAUAUCAACACUGUGUCAUAUCCGAUCCUAUGGGAGCCCAAUACUACUACUAUGUCGACACAUGAAUAUGUCAUGCAAAUUGGGAAAUUUAACACAUUUUACUAUAACAACAUUGUUAAUUCUAUGCAGAGUCUAACACUUUCACUAUAACGAUACUGUGUUAUGUUAAUUUUAUGUCGAGUCUAACACUUUUACUAUGUUGUAACUCUAUUGUAUCGCAUCCAGUUGUGAGUCUAACACUUUUACUAUGUUGUAUCUGUAUUAUAUCGCAUCCAGUUGUGAGUCUAACGGUAUAUCAAAUACAGCGUUGUGUAUUAUAAUAUAAUGAAUGAAAUAAUUUUAGUCAUGUGUUUUUUAUUGUGUGUAUACAGUUUUGUGUUCAUGAUUGCUCUAUAUUAAUUAGGGCAAAUAUAAGAUAUGCUCUUAUUGUAUUGUAUGUACCUUUUUGAAUUGUUCUCAUUUUCCUUGUGACAGGUGUAACAUACAUUUUAUAUAGGACAAUACUGCUACAUGUAUAUUGUUUUUACUUACAUUGGCAUUUGUAAUAAAUGCUCUUUUUCAACUC